AGAACUUGUGCGCACAUCGCACGAAUGUGUAGAAGAACAGCAAGAGAGAAAUGAACUGGCACAUUGAGACAAAGCCACCCAAGCCAGCACCUGGUAAAAUAUUUCGGUCAUUCGGACAGGAUCUGGAGUCAGUGGUCCUUGCGGUGCUGACAUUCCUAUCCGGAGGAGUUAUCUUGUUCAUAGGAUGCUUUAUUGUAACUAAAUGUUUCCAAAUCUAUAAAGAAAGUGUUAGAAGGAAGCGACGACGAGCGAUGGGCGUCGACGAUGACGAACUCAACGAUGCCGUGUUGAGUGGUGCAUUUGACACGGAAAUAUGCGAAGAAGAAGAAAGCGGUUCUUCACAAACGCAUAACUUGCCUGCUUCAAGUAAAGAAUAUGCAAAAGCUGGGAGUAAUCGAUGAAUUCGUCCUGGCAAAUAUAGCUAACAUAUCCUGACGUUCAAUAGCUUCCUGACAAAAGCUUUCUGGACAAAUCAUAAGACAGCAAAAAUUGCUGAACUUCUACUCAUGAAGAAACCUCCGUGGUACUCGAUGUACAGUGCAUGGUGUCAUUGAUCUGAU